UCGUUCCCUUCCCCCGAGCGCUCAGAGCUGAACUGGGUGGCUUUGGAGCGAUGGGGACGUGGCCCGGCUCCUCCCGGCCCCGCGUCUCCCGGCUGCUGGUUCUGCUCCUGGCAGUGGCAGGUACUGCGGCCACUCGGACCCGGCAGGUGAACGGUGUCCUGGGGGGGUCCGCGCUGCUCUCCCUGGAUCUGCCCCCCGACAGGAAGGUGAAGGAGGUCGACUGGACAUUUUUAGAUGUCAACAGUACCAAGCACCUCGUGGCUGAGUUUGACGAUGGUAAAUUCAAGCGCCCCAAGCCCCAGGAUCGGUUCAGGGGCCGGGUGGAGAUCAACAAGACGGCGCUGAGGAUCGGGACCCUGGAGAGGGGCGACAGCAGCGUCUACGAGGCUCGGAUUAAACUGGAGCCAGCGACCGUGGAGACACAGCUCUUCACCCUCUCCGUCUACGAUCCGGUGCCGGAGCCGCAGAUCCAGGGGCGGCAGCUCUCCCUCACCCCCCAGGAAUGCAACCUCACCCUGCGGUGCCAGGCGGCCCCGGGCAGCGAUGCCACUGUCACCUGGCAGCUCGGGAGCUCUCAGGGGGUGCCACAGGCGCGGCUCUGCGGGGACAACCAGACCCUGUGCCUGGCCCUGCCCGUUGCUGCCUUCAGCUCCACCUACACCUGCCUGGCCCGGAAUCCCGCUCAGGAGCGGAAUGUCUCCGUCCACCUGGACACCCUGUGCCAGCAGCAGGGUAAAAACCCCUCCUGCGCCCGGAUUCACCCCCCAGGAGGGUCCUGGCACCCACCACGGCUUGUCCCUGCAGACACGGGGGCCAGUCAGGGGAGACACGUGUUCCUGGUGCUGGUGGCCGUGGGCAUUUUGGCCCUGCUUGGCAUCGCCUGGAUCUGGAGGAGGAGGAGGAGGAGGAGGAGGAAGAAGUCUGAGGGAGGGUCGUCAGGCACUGGAAGGGAACAAGGGACUGGACAAGAGGAAACGGCCUCAGGCUGCGCCAGGAGAGGUUCAGGUGCCCUCGCCCCCCUCUCCAGCGAGGAUCCCCCACCGGAGCUCUUGUACUCCGAGAUCCAGAGGAGAAACUCCCCGGAGCCUCGGGAGUGGCAGGACAGGCCCAGGACCAUCUACUGCGAGGUGCAGGCGAAGGUGUGACCUGGAGAGUCCCAGGUGAGUCCCGGCAGGACCCCGGAGCAGGAUGGGACCACUGACCCCCCCCAUCGGGGCUGACAGACACCCACGUCCCCUCGUGAUGUCACCUCGUGU